CGAACGUACCCCGUAGCUUCAUUUAUUCCCUGGUUCAUGCAUUCUAAAAAGGUAAACUAUCAGAUUAACGGUUUUGGGGGUGUCGCUACCACUGGCGUGUUUCAUGCCGAGGUUCAAACGCUAUCACCGCUGUUUCACCGACCGGUCACUUCUUUAACCGUAAACGUGUCUGGUGAUUGGAUUGCCGCUGCCUCUGAAGAUCACGGCCAACUGACGGUCUGGGAAUGGCGUUCACAGGCUUGUUACUUGAAAGCCGAAUCACAUGCACGUCAAAUGACUAGUCUGGCUUAUUCCCCAGAUGGAUUACAUCUGGCCACCGGAGGUCAUGAUGCCAAGGUCAAGGUUUGGCGUGUAGCCAGUGGCCGGGCCUUGGUCACAUUUUCCGAACACACUGCCGCAGUGACAGGUGUGGCAUUUCCAGCAUCCAAAGCUAAAGUGGUUGUAUCGGCUAGNAGUUUGGACGGAACCGUACGAGCUCAUGACUUGGUUCGGUAUCGGAACUUCCGCACUUUUACUGUACCCACACGACAAGUACAGUUUGCAUCGUUGACUGUGGACGGACCCGGUAGCCUCGUGUCUGCUGGUAGUUUGGACACAUUCGAAGUUUUUAUCUGGUCCAUGCAAACCGGCGUACUCCUUUCCGUUCUCUCCGGUCACACAGCUCCGAUCAGUGCAAUCACAUUCAACCCGGACAUCAGUGGAUAUUCCCUGGAGAUGGCGUCCGGUAGUUGGGAUAAAACGUUGCGGUUGUGGGAUCUGACCGGAAACACCGGGGAUGAACACAACCCGUCUUCUAUUGGGAGUUCGAAAGAAGUUGUGAACUUUUUUCUACCCAGGGGUACAAUUCUCAGACUAUUGUUAUGUAUUGUGGUGUUUUGCCAUAACUGGCAGCGAGUUACUAUAUUUACACUAUCAUUUAUGAUUCUGUUCGAUAUUAGGCACCCGUAA